AUGGCGAUGCAGGUUUCAGGUAACGAAGAGAUUCCUACAGGCACGCCGCGCGCAACGGGCCAACGGUCGCACGAGCUUCUUACUUGCACGGUCAAGAACCCCCCGUUCUCUUAUGUGCAGCUAGAACUCGUUUCGGACGUCGCCAAAUCUUCUGAUUCAGUACCCUUGGACGAGCUCCAGGUGCGGUCGUACUGUAAUGCUGCACUUCGCCAGUUCUUAGGCGCAACCGGCUCAGCCAUCCCCAUCGAUAUACUCAAGGUAGAGGACAAGGCGUGUUGGCUACGUAUUCCUCGGUUAGAUCUCAGCCCCUUCGCGGCAGCCGUGACGGCUUGGGCCGGCGCAUCGGAGCAGGGAAAUCGACAAGUUCUCCGAGUGAACCAAUGUUCCGACUACUUAGGGGCCAUGGUUGGCGCAGACGGCCAGGACAAACUUUGGUCAUCUUGA